CCUUGUUAAACUUUCAGAAGGAGAAGCUAUCCUUAGCUUAGCUUAGCUUAGCUGCGGUGUUUCUGGCGGCUGUCAUGGCUUCGUUCCGGGACUGGAGGGCCUUCAUCCGGCAGCGGCUGGCGGCGGCAGGUGACGAGGUUCUGUCGGCCUGUGAAGACACGGUGGUCCGAUGCGAGGAGGAGAACCGGCUGCAGAAGAAGAUGAUCGAUGUGAUGAAGUCCGAGAUGGAGGAGCAGCGAGCAGACCUCCUCCAACAACGUGACGUAAAAGAAGAAGAACAGAAGGUUCUGCUUGAUGAGCACCUUUCCAGCGAGGAGAGAAGUUCCACCCUGAGAGAGGAAGGUUAUGAGCCUCCUCAGAUGAAGACGAAGGAGGAGGAUCCAGAGGCGAUGCUGAUUAAAGAGGAAGAACAGGAGGAGCCCUGCACCAGCUCACAAGCAGAGAAGGUGCAGGAGAAAAUGAAGGAUUCCUGUGAGGAAACAUCCAGUGGAAGUGAGUCCGCUCCUGAGGCCAGCAGGUCCGCCUCCAGCCAGAGGAAUCGCCGUAGGCCCAAAGCCAAACUCUGCGUUUGCAAAAUUUGUGGCAAAUCUCUCACACAGCAAGGCUUAGCGAUCCACAUGAGGAUUCACACCGGCGAGAAGCCGUUCUCCUGCCAAAGCUGCGGGAAAAGUUUCCGUCACCUCCCCUCUUUGGAUCUCCACAUGAAAACCCACAACGACGAGAAGGCUCACGCCUGCAGGAAAUGCGGGAAAACGUUCAGAAGAAGCGACAAACUCCUGCUGCACGAGAGAACGCACAGCGACCAGAGGCUCUACCUCUGCAACGUCUGCGGAAAGAGCGUUGCCGACCCGUCGGCUUUCAGGAGGCACCUGACCAUCCACACGGACGAGAAACCGCACACCUGCAAAAUCUGCGGCAAGAAGUUCAAACACAGCAACACCCUGCUGUGCCACAGGAGGGCGCACUCGGGCGAGCGGCCGUACGUCUGCAGGCUGUGCGGCAACAAAUUCGUCAGCGCGUCAAAGCUGAAGAGGCACACGAAGACGCACACCGACGACAAACCUCACGUCUGCGAAUACUGCGGGAAGAGAUUCAUCCGGCUCCACCGGCUGAGGGACCACGCCAGGACGCACACCGGCGAGCGGCCGUUCAGCUGCCACACCUGCACCAAAGACUUCACCUGCCACUCCUCCCUGAAGGCUCACCUGAAAACUCACACAGGUGAGCCAUCUCAGACAUAAACCAGCUCUGAAGAUGUUUGCCCUCGAUUGACGAGGAUUCAAAGAACUGGUUCCUGUUUCAAAUCUCGGAGUCGAUGGCUGAACCCAACAGCCUCCAUGUCGGUUCUGGAGGAAAAGGAUUUUCACGGCGCAUUCAAACCGAGCGCGGUGUCCGCAGUGAUUUCCUCACACCACCGCUCUGCAUUUCAUUGUUUACACCCCUGGAUCGCAUCAUCAAACAGGAGGAGCUUCAGCUGUGUGAAGCUGAAGCAAAUAGACUGAAUGGUUCAUUGGUCCCGGUUUGAGCAUUUCAAAUGGUCAUUUUGUAAAAAUGUA